AGCAGAUACAUCGAGGACAGGAGUCAAGUGCAGCACCAGGCGGCUCGGAGAUAAUCCUGAUCCUGAUCACCCCUGAAUGACCACUUCAGAGCAAUGAUGGGUUUUAUUCUUUUACUUGCUCUGAUCCCAGCAGCCAUCUGUGCACCGGUGUCGUCUCCAGGCGACUGCACUGACGUGUACAAUGUAGACCCUGUACACAGUGGUGUGUACUCCAUCCACACAGCAGGACGUGUCCAGGUCUACUGUGACAUGGGCUCCGAAGAGCAAAGUGUGAGAUGGACUGUGAUUCAGAGAAGAAUAAUUGGCACCGUGGACUUUUAUCGUGGAUGGGACCAGUACAGAGCUGGAUUUGGAAAACCAUCAGGAGGAUUCUGGCUGGGGCUGGAGAACAUCCAUGUCCUGACUCAGAGGAAGAGCUAUGAACUGAAGGUAGUCAUGGAGGACUUUGAGGGCAACAAGACCCACGUCUAUUAUUCCACCUUCUCUGUGGGUCCAGAGGAAGAUGGCUACAAGCUUCAAGUCGGUGGAUUCAGAAGUGGAACACGUGGACCUGCUGCUGGAGACUCAUUUGCUGACCAUGAUGGUAUGAAGUUUUCCACAUUUGACAAGGACCAGGACCGCGAUGUAGGACUAAACUGUGCUGAGGUCUACCAUGGAGGAUGGUGGUACAACGGCUGUCACGCUGCUAAUCCUAACGGUGGCUACUAUCCAGGCGGCACCUCACCCUACGGGAUCGGAAUCAACUGGAAGACUUGGAGAGGAUUUCAAUAUUCUCUGAAGUCAAUCGAAAUGAAGAUACGACCCAAAGAGUGAUGUCAGAUGUCACAUGAUCACGCUCAGCACAUGCGCUGCCCGGCCAAUAAACAGCCACACACACUGUAGGACAGUCUUUUGUAGGGUUGACCAACAUGGGUUAGUUGAUUGUUUUUGUUUUUUUCUGUGACCA